AUGGCGGACGAUAUCUCACGAAACAACGAUCGCAUCGAGUUGGAAGUCGAGAAGGAGAAGGCUGAGAAUCUGGAGCAUGUCGCUGAGCUACAGAAUGUCCUCCCACAUAUUGAUCCUGCUCGGAGAAUCGUCGUGGAGAAGAGCUUGAAACGCAAACUCGAUGCUCGCUGCAGUUUAUUCGUUUUGAUUUACAUCAUGAAUUAUCUUGAUCGCAACAAUAUCUCUGCGGCGAGGUUGAAGGGUUUGCAGACUGAUCUUGGUCUCACCGAUACACAGUACUCGACCUGUCUGAGCAUCUUGUAUGUUGGAUACAUUUUGAUGCAGGUCCCCUCCAACAUGUUUAUCAAUCGUAUCUCGCGCCCUUCAAUUUACAUUUCCAUUGCCAUGACUCUGUGGGGUCUGAUCUCUACCUGCUCCGGACUCGCUCAGAACUUCAGCCAUAUGGUCGCUAUUCGGUUCCUCUUGGGUUUCGUCGAGGCUGCUUUCCUGCCUGGUGCCCUACUCAUUCUAUCCAAGUGGUACACACGCAAGGAGUUGACCACCCGGAACGCCAUUCUGUUCUGUGGUAACCUCAUUUCCAAUGCUUUCUCCUCGCUCGUCGCCGCAGGUGUCCUGUCCAACAUGGAGGGUGUCCUGGGCCACGCUGCCUGGCGAUGGCUCUUCUGGAUCGAGGGUGCCAUUACCAUGACCAUUGCCAUCUCCGCUGGUUUCAUCCUUCCUGACUUGCCCACCAAUGCUCGUGGAUUCACCGAAGAGGAGCGUCUUGUUGCUCAGCUCCGUCUUCUCGAGGAUGUGGGCGAAGCUGAUACCGAUGACACCGAGCAGAGCCCUUUCACCGGCCUCAUCAUGACACUGAAGGAUAUCAAAAUCUACAUUAUGAUGUUGGCUUUCACAGCCUACGUCGUGGGUCUGUCUUUCAACGCUUUCUUCCCCACCCUCACCGGUACCCUCGGCUUCUCAUACGUGCCUACCCUCCUCAUGAGCGCUCCCCCAUGGGUCUUCUCCUGUAUUUUCUCCGUCGUCAACGCCUGGCACGCAGACAGAACCCAAGAAAAGAUCUGGCACAUCUACGGCCCAAUCUUCAUGGGUCUCGUCGGCUUCAUCAUCAGCAUGUCAACCCUGAACGUCGCAGCCCGCUACAUUGCCCUCUUCCUGCAAGCAGGCUCCUACGCAGGCUUUAUCGUCUUCUACUCAUGGAUCAGCUCCUCCUUCCCCCGCCCACCGGCCAAACGAGCCGUAGCCCUCGCUCUCAUCAACGCCUUCAGUCAGCUGGGUAACGUCGCCGGAUCGUACGUCUGGGAUCUUUCCGAUAACGGGUACCGCAAGAGUUACGGAAUCGUAACUGCUAUGUACGGUAUUACGAUUGUCGGAUUCUGGGUCUUCCGCAUGAUUCUCGUUAAUCUGAAUAAGAAGCUCGAGCAGAGUGAGGCGGAGUGGGAUGCCCAGCAUCCUGAUGCUCAGGCUGGUGAUGUGGCGUUUAUUGAGAGUCCCGAUGAGUCUUUGCGCAUGCGUAAGGGUUUCAGGUAUCUUGUUUAA